AUGCGGAGCAAAGCAAAAGACCCGGGAAAUGCACGGUGGGGGGGUUGCACCGCGGCGCUGCGGAUAAUUCCAGCCGGGGUAGCGGUUACCAAGAGAACACACUCGGAAUUAGCAAUUGAUCUGAGGCAGCGUGGGACGGGAAGCCAGUUCCAUCAAGGCCCAGAGGGUUGCUGGUUGAAGCUGCUGGCUGGCCGUGCUAAUGCCACUUUGACUUUUGUCCAGAAGAAACGUUGCAGGCUGCCGGGGGUAGAAAGUGAGCCGUACAGUAUGGCCAAGGCUGCCCUGAAAAGAAUGGAGAGAUCCCAAGAAGAGAAUUCAUCAGGGGCCAGCAAGAAGAGGAAGAGCGCUGGUGGAACACCCUCCGAAGAACUGACGAGCCAGGCCCUUGUUGGGGCACCGCCGUCCUCCUCGGCCGUGAUAGAGAACAUCCUGGACAGCGAUCCAAGGGACCUGAUUGGAGACUUCUCAAAGAGUUACCUUUUCCACACGGUUGAUGGGAAGCAUCAAGAUCUGAAAUACAUCGACCCGGAAAUGAUGGUUGCAGUGUUGAAUGGUGGCUUCGCAAGAUUCAUUAAGGAAUGUGUGAUAAUUGACUGCAGAUAUCCCUAUGAGUAUGAAGGAGGCCAUAUCAAGGGUGCUAUAAACCUCCACAUGGAAGAGGAUGUGGAAGACUUCUUGCUGAAAAAGCCCAUUGUGUCAUCCGACAACAGGAGAGUGAUUGUCGUUUUCCACUGCGAGUUCUCAUCGGAGCGGGGACCUCGGAUGUGCCGGUUUGUGAGGGAGAGAGACCGGCUGGGCAAUGAGUACCCCCAUCUGCAUUACCCUGAGCUGUACGUCCUGAAAGGGGGCUACAAGGACUUCUUCUUAAAAUGCAGGAGCUUCUGUGAGCCGCAGGGCUAUCGCCCGAUGCACCAUGAAGACUUCAGGGAAGACCUGAGGAAGUUCCGCACAAAGAGUCGGACGUGGGCAGGCGAGAAGAGCAAAAGGGAAAUGUACAGCCGCCUGAAGAAGCUCUGAGAUCUCUCCGUGGGGCAGCCGGAUUCCACUCGCCUGCUAAGGGGGCAACGGGAGGAUGCAAGCUGGCUUGUUGCCUUUGCCCUGCAGACCAUGGAACUCAAUUCACUCCUUGCCUGGCCUUUGCCUGGCUACAUACUGAAUCCCUUCUGGCCAGGCUAUGUGGGAGCGCUUGGCUCGCCCACCCUGCAGGCCUGGGCCCCGUUGACAGUCCAUCCGUGAAUCCGCGGCAUUCGUGGCCCUCUUGAGACAAUCCGUGUAGGUGGAGCUUCCGUGGCAGCCCUUCCGUUUCUUCUAGAGUAUUAACCGCAAGGUUUUAGUGUGUGUGUGCGUGCGUGCAUGUGUGUUAAAAGCGUCCUUUUAAAAAUUUUAGUACAGUCAAGUGAAGCUAAUUUACGGCUGCGGCGUACCUGGGUUGCUUCAAGGCUUCUUUCUGGGUAGAGCGCCACCAGGAGGAGGCUGAGGGAAUCCACCCAGCUGCAGCUGAUUUAUUUAAUGUCCUUUUAUGCAAUUAAGUGUGGGGGGGAAGGCAAGCGAGAAAGCCAGGGUCGUUUUUGCUCAGAGCUUCGAGGUGUGCUGGAUGAAGCCUGCUUGCAGUCUUAAGGGGAAGCAGUUUCUUGUCAUAUCUUUAUCACUCCUCCUCUGACCCGGUUGUCUUUGGGCUUGGUCUUAACAGCUUCCGAAGCAAAACCAUUGGUGGUCUUUGAAUGGACACAGCCAGUGUUCUUGUGGGUGUGUCAGGCUAGCCCCUGUAGCGGCAGGCAGGUUUUCAAACAUCCUCACCCCCAAACAGAGCUGUAUUUAUUCUUCCGGGAGGUGUUGCCACAGCAUGCUCCUGGAAGGCGAGCCUGGGCUUGGACCAAUCACGGUGCUGUUUUCAGUCACACUUAAACCAAGGCUCCUUAGGCCCCUCCAAUCUCUGUGACUGCUUUUGUCCACUCCUGCGUGCCGUUGUGGAGAGUUGAGGUGAUGUCAGUGGGCUUUUCUCAGCUAAUGAGAUUUUCAGAAGUAAGUAACUGAAUCCGAGGGAAGUAGUAGUCUCAGCAUCUGAGACUCAUGGGGCUCCCCUUGAAGUCUUUUGUCCAGAAGAAGUCCAUAAUCGACGAACUGGCCUCGGCCUGGCCGUGUCUUGCAUCCGAGUGAGAUUGCAAUGGCGUGUGUAGCUGUUACCAGGGGCUGAAUCCUCAACCCCCUGAAUCCUCUGUGAACUUUCGUAGGUGCCUGGCCAGGAAUCCCAUUAGAUGCCCUUGAGUUCUGGUGUUGUGUGUCUCAAUAUUACAAAUCCUCUUAAGGUGGAAACGGUUAGGGUGGGUUUUAAGGGUGGGGGGGGGGCAGAGAACACCCAGUAUUGUAAAUUUCGCUUUCCUCAAAGGCCCACCGCUGUUUGUUCUGUCUGUGGUUUUUACAACCAAAGGGCAAAAUGAACAAGAAAUUACUGCUGGCGGCUUAUGGCCUAAACCUGGUUAGGAGGAAAUGGUUAGAUGACCCAUGUGCGCCUUGGCUUCGUGCCCUUUGGCAGAACUUGCCUCCCGUGGCUUGUUUGCCUUGACCCCCCCCCCCCCCGACCCGAGAUGCGCUUGGGAGGAAAACUUGGGGCUUCGAUUGUCCGAGGAGCCUCGCUGACGUCCCGGUUUCCGUCCUCCUUCCUGCCUGGGGUGGAACAUUCUACGGCUGCCUUGCUGGCUUCGCCCUGGGAAUGCUCCCCAAAGUGCUUUCCCCGCCUCUUCAGCAUGCGCUUCCAAGAAUUCAGGGGUCAGCGUUUCUUCUCGUUGCCAUUUCUUUUUUUUUUAAUUCAGCAAUGACGUUUGCCAAAGGCUCUUAUCCGAAGCAAAGGGAGGGGAAACCUGCUUUUAAUGUAUUGUGAAUGUCUUGGACAGGAGGAGGAGGCGAAAGGCCUUGGCUUGAAUCCAUCGGGCCCAGGAAAUAAAUUGCCCAAUACCCAAA